AUGCCAGACCUGGCGGAUGACAAUAAGCAUUGGUGUGUCGCUGAAGUCGCACGCCAUAAAUCGGUCAAAACUCUUAAUCUCGGACAGCAUUAUUACAUGGAGAAGUCGACAAAGGUCAAGAAACCUUCGACUCGGGCCGGACAAGUGGCGACGUUGAGUUCGGCUGAGGCACUCCUGGGAAUCCCGUAUUGCCUUCUAUAUGGCCCAAGGACUGGGAGAGGGAAGAAGCGACCGCUAGUAGGGGUCUUUGCUGGCGCCAGUGGGCACAGGAAACCGAGCUGGCCAGACCACUGGCCAUCUCCUAUCGCUAGAAUUGAAGUUGUCAACUGCACAACUUUCAAGAGCGUAGAUGAGCUCAUUGGUCCCAGGGCACCAUACAAUGGCUCGGCACAUGGCUCCCCGUUGAAUAACUUCCUGGCCAGAAAAGACGGGCAGUCAGGUAUUGUGUUCCUUGAUGAAUUUGAAAAGAUGUCCGCUAACAUUCAUGAUGCCCUCUUGAUUCCCUUUGACAAGGGUAUGGCAUUAUUUUCCUUCGAUGUCGACUGUUCCAGGAUGGUUUGGGUGCUUGCCACCAACGCAAUUGACACCCGGAUCAUAACGUUCUGUGAAGAGCAGAAAGCCAUCCUGUUGACCGACCAUGAUCACGUUGAUCGACCCGUCUUGAUCAAGAAAUUAUCAAGAGUGAUCAAAAAGGAGUUCAAACAACAAGUCAGGGUGAGAGCGGCAUCGCCUUUCUGA